CCGCCGUAGGGUUAGGUUGAGCCUGAGGCGCGGGGGAGAAUUGGGGAAACUGGAAUUUCCCGCGGAGCUGACGGCGUUUGCUCUCCCCCUACUCGUUUUAAUUCCACGCGCUCCAAAAUAUCCGCCAUGGAGAAAUCUUGGCCAGGAUGUCCAUUGUAGGCCCACUGGUGCCGUCCUGCUGAAGUUUGGGUCAGGCAUCUAAAGGGGCUGUGGCAAGGCAGGGUGUGACACAGGUCUAAUCUGCUGCCAUCGUCAUCAUGAACUUUGAGGGUCUGGACCCUGGACUAGCAGAGUAUGCCCCGGCCAUGCAUUCUGCCUUGGACCCUGUCCUGGAUGCCCACCUGAACCCAAGUCUACUACAGAAUGUGGAGCUGGACCCGGAGGGAGUGGCCUUGGAGGCGCUUCCUGUCCAGGAGUCAGUGCAUAUAAUGGAAGGUGUCUACUCUGAAUUGCACAGUGUGGUGGCUGAAGUGGGUGUGCCUGUCUCCGUCUCCCACUUUGACUUGCACGAGGAGAUGCUGUGGGUGGGAAGCCAUGGGGGCCAUGCCACUUCAUUUUUUGGUCCAGCCUUGGAGCGCUACUCAUCCUUUCAGGUCAAUGGCAGUGAUGACAUUCGGCAGAUCCAGAGCCUGGAGAAUGGUAUUCUUUUUCUCACCAAGAACAACCUCAAGUAUAUGGCCCGUGGGGGCCUCAUUAUAUUUGAUUACCUGCUGGAUGAGAGUGAGGAUAUGCACAGUCUUCUGCUGACUGACAGCAGCACUCUGCUCGUUGGUGGGCUACAGAACCACAUAUUGGAGAUUGACCUUAACACUGUCCAGGAGACUCAGAAGUAUGCAGUCGAGACACCUGGAGUCACCAUCAUGAGACAGACAAAUCGCUUCUUCUUCUGUGGUCAUACAUCUGGCAAGGUUUCCCUGCGAGACCUCCGUACUUUUAAGGUGGAGCAUGAGUUUGAUGCUUUCUCAGGGAGUCUGUCAGAUUUUGAUGUACAUGGCAACCUGUUGGCUGCCUGCGGCUUCUCCAGCCGCCUCACCGGCCUGGCCUGCGACCGUUUCCUCAAGGUGUAUGAUCUGCGCAUGAUGCGUGCCAUCACACCACUUCAAGUACAUGUGGAUCCUGCCUUCUUGCGCUUCAUCCCUACAUAUACUUCUCGUCUUGCUAUCAUCUCUCAGUCAGGGCAGUGCCAGUUUUGUGAGCCCACAGGCCUGGCCAACCCAGCAGACAUCUUUCAUGUGAAUCCUGUGGGGCCUCUGCUAAUGACAUUUGAUGUGUCAGCCAGCAAGCAGGCCCUGGCCUUUGGGGAUUCUGAGGGCUGUGUGCACCUCUGGACUGAUUCCCCUGAGCCUUCCUUUAACCCCUACUCCCGUGAGACUGAGUUUGCUUUGCCCUGUCUCGUGGACUCACUGCCUCCUCUGGACUGGAGCCAGGACUUGCUGCCUCUUUCCCUCAUCCCUGUCCCACUCACCACCGACACACUUCUCUCUGACUGGCCUGCUGCCAACUCCGCUCCAGCUCCCAGGCGAGCACCCCCUGUGGAUGCAGAGAUUCUGCGCACCAUGAAGAAAGUGGGCUUCAUUGGCUAUGCCCCCAACCCCCGCACCAGGCUGCGCAAUCAGAUUCCUUACCGACUCAAGGAGUCAGACAGUGAAUUUGACAGCUUCAGCCAGGUCACUGAGUCACCAAUAGGGCGGGAAGAGGAGCCACAUCUCCACAUGGUCUCUAAGAAAUACCGCAAGGUGACCAUCAAAUACUCGAAGCUGGGGCUGGAGGACUUUGACUUCAAACACUACAAUAAGACCCUGUUUGCUGGAUUAGAGCCCCACAUCCCCAAUGCCUACUGUAACUGCAUGAUCCAGGUGCUCUACUUCCUGGAGCCUGUGCGCUGUCUAAUCCAGAACCACCUUUGCCAAAAGGAGUUUUGCCUAGCAUGUGAGCUGGGCUUCCUCUUCCACAUGUUGGAUCUCUCCCGAGGUGACCCCUGUCAGGGCAGUAAUUUUCUUCGGGCAUUCCGCACCAUUCCUGAGGCCUCAGCCCUUGGUCUGAUCCUGGCUGACUCAGAUGAGGCUUCAGGCAAGGGCAACCUGGCCAGGCUCAUUCAGAGGUGGAAUCGCUUCAUUCUCACUCAGCUGCAUCAGGAUAUGCAAGAGCUGGAAGUACCCCAGGCUUAUCGAGGUGCUGGAGGCAGCAGCUUUUGCUCUUCGGGGGACUCUGUCAUUGGGCAGCUGUUCAGCUGUGAGAUGGAGAACUGCAGCCUCUGCCGCUGUGGCAGUGAGACCGUGCGAGCCUCAUCCACCCUGCUCUUCACGCUCUCCUACCCUGAGGGUAGCAACAGUGAUAAAACUGGGAAGAACUGUGACUUUGCUCAGGUGCUGAAGCGAAGCAUCUGCCUGGAGCAGAAUACACAGGCCUGGUGUGACAACUGUGAAAAGUACCAGCCCACGAUUCAGACCCGCAACAUCCGCCAUCUGCCAGAUAUUCUUGUCAUCAAUUGUGAGGUGAACAGCCUGAAAGAAGCUGAUUUCUGGAGAGUGCAGGCUGAGGUUGCCUUCAAGAUGGCAAUAAAGAAGCGUGGUGGGGAAAUCUCCAAGAAUAAAGAGUUUGCUUUGGCUGAUUGGAAGGAACUAGGGAGUCCAGAGGGCAUGCUGAUGUGUCCCUCCAUUGAGGAGUUGAAGAAUGUCUGGCUUCCUUUCUCCAUUCGCAUGAAGAUGACCAAGAACAAAGGGCUGGAUGUUUGCAAUUGGACUGAUGGGGAUGAGAUGCAGUGGGGCCCAGCCAGGGCAGAGGAGGAGCAUGGUGUCUAUGUGUAUGACCUGAUGGCUACUGUGGUACACAUCCUGGACUCACGCACAGGGGGCAGCCUGGUGGCUCACAUUAAAGUCGGAGAGACCUACCACCAGCGCAAGGAGGUGAGUGAGGGCGUUACCCACCAGCAGUGGUAUCUCUUCAAUGACUUUCUUAUUGAACCUAUUGAUAAGCAUGAAGCUGUGCAGUUUGACAUGAAUUGGAAAGUGCCUGCUAUCCUUUAUUACAUCAAAAGGAAUCUUAAUUCCAAAUACAACCUAAACAUCAAGAAUCCUAUUGAGGCAAGUGUUCUGCUAGCUGAAGCCUCACUAGCACGGAAGCAGCGGAAAACACAUACUACCUUCAUUCCACUGAUGUUGAAUGAGAUGCCACAGGUCGGGGACCUGGUGGGCCUGGAUGCUGAGUUUGUCACCCUUAAUGAGGAGGAAGCAGAGUUGCGCAGUGAUGGCACUAAGUCUACCAUCAAACCAAGCCAGAUGUCAGUAGCGAGGAUUACCUGUGUUCGGGGCCAGGGACCCAAUGAGGGUAUCCCCUUCAUUGAUGACUACAUCUCAACCCAGGAGCAGGUGGUAGAUUACUUGACUCAAUACUCGGGGAUAAAGCCAGGAGACCUCGAUGCCAAGAUUUCCUCUAAGCACCUCACAACUCUCAAGUCUACCUACUUAAAGCUUCGUUUUCUUAUAGACAUUGGAGUCAAGUUUGUGGGUCAUGGUCUGCAGAAGGACUUCCGGGUCAUCAACCUCAUGGUGCCCAAGGAUCAAGUCCUUGACACUGUCUAUUUGUUUCACAUGCCCCGAAAACGAAUGAUUUCCCUGCGAUUCCUUGCUUGGUACUUUCUGGACCUGAAGAUUCAAGGGGAGACCCAUGACAGUAUUGAGGAUGCCCGCACAGCCCUUCAGCUCUACCGAAAGUAUUUGGAGCUGAGCAAAAAUGGCACUGAGCCUGAGUCCUUCCACAAAGUGCUCAAGGGUCUUUACGAGAAGGGCCGAAAGAUGGACUGGAAGGUGCCUGAGCCUGAGGGCCAGACAAGUCCCAAAAGUGCAGCUGUCUUCUCCUCAGUGCUGGCGCUCUGACCUCACCCUCUCCCAACGAAUUGCUCCCUCUCCUUUCAGUGUUCUGUGGCCCAAGAACUGGGAGAUGGCUUCCCAAGUUGGCUACACCCUGUCCACUUCCAGAAUUGGACCUGCUCAGGGUCUACAGAUGGUGCUAUUAAUAGAACUGGAAUGCAGCAGAAUUGUUGCAUAGGAUCUAGGAGCCAGAUUCCUUUUUCAAUCUUUGCAAAAUAGUGGGCCAAAAGAAGAGUCUAGAAUGGACCCAGAUGGCAAGUAAUUGGUAUUCUUAAUAAAUAUCCUGGGUAAUUAAUAUUCAGGCAGAGAAGCUCCUGGAAUCAAAACUCUCAGUUCCUAGUUGGCUAAGGACUGAACUCCUGCACAGUGACAGGAUACAACAGGCGCUCAAGACUUAGCUCAAGUCUCUGACUGCUUGAGGGAUGCCUGGAGGGGCCAACAUGUAUAGUCUUGGUGGCUCUAGCAAACCAGUGUUGCCAACACCAUCAUUGCCAAAAGGGCCUUUGGGUCCUAGACAAAGCUUGGCUGCUAGCUUCACUCCUGCUGACAGCUGAGAAGCAUCUGUCUUCCAUCCACUUUCCUGUCCCAAGUUUUGUUUUCUUGUUAUUUUUUAAAAUUUUGUUUUAAAAUGCAUGUUUUAUAAAAUAAAAACAAAACUAUUAUUGGC